AUGGCUUGGAUACUUCGUGCCGAGUUCGAGUACCUCCUGUGCCUUACAUCAGAGAGGUUGGACGUGGCGAAAUCUCGUGCGCUCUUGCACGCGGCUCUAGACGCUCGACUCCUUCUGUCAGAGGAUCCUCUGUACGCGGCAUAUAUUGACGCAGGAAAAGUUGCACUCCAGAAUUACCUUCGCGAAGGGAAAGACCGUCAGGGGCUAGGAUGGCAGAGUCGCACGUUCCAGGCUGCGGUGUCCGCGUGUAUUUGUGAUGACGUGAAUUUAGCGCAUGUGUUCACUGUCCUAAGAGUAGAGGAGCUUUUAGAGAACCUUGGAGAUGAACUUUCACCAUCACAGUGCGCCAAAGUCAUGCUGGCCAUUCUCGGGGAACUGCAGCUCGUGAAACGUGAUAUGCAAGAGUCAACGCACAGCGAUUCACCAGAGUUUCUGGAGUUCAAGCAGAGGAGCAGCAAGUUCCUUCAAAGGGCACUACAAUUACUGAUGUCGCUUAUUGCAGAAAGCGGCCGAGAUCGCUUCUGUUAUGUCAAGGAGGCUCUGAUCCACCCUGAUGCCACCUGUUCUCGCCCUGCCCCAGUAUCCAACUUGAGCUUUGGCAAAUCUUCCAAAGAGGAUGCCGCCCUAGCAAAGGCUUGGAGGGUUCGAGAGCCAUUUCGGUUGUCACAGGUUCUGCGAGCUGACUUGGACGCGAGCAACCUGUAUUUGUCAUCUAUGUAUUCACUGUAUAGGCGAGGCGAUCCGAUGUUUGAGACCCUCAUGCACAGCGGCAGCCUGCUGUCCAUGUGGCACCGGCUGCAUGCCAUUUGUAGACGUCCGGUAGCCUUGGGUGAAGACAUAAUAAAAUGGAGCGUUGUACGGCAGGCGCCCCGACUUAAUAGACUACGUCAGUUGAUGUUUACUCGUCUGAUCCAGUGUCUGUCCCAGCCGCUCUUCAAGCCUUCUCUGGGGGGCCCGACAAGUCAUGACGAGAAGAACAGCGUGGAGUCAGAACGGGGACUCGCGUACCUCCUGGCAGAUAGCCUCGUACUAUCGGGGGUGAAGGUUUGGUGCUACGAGAGUCGGGAGCAGAAGCAGCAGAUCUUGAAUAUGGCCGACCAGUCACGUGCGGCGCUUUCUGCUAAGUUGGAUUCACUCAUGUGCAUCCAAGUAGAUCGCGGGUUCGUGGAGCUGCCGCUGGGCCAGGAGCUGCCUGACCUUGACGGACUGGCACGUUUAUUUGCCGCGGCUCCGGGGAACAAGCCCGAUGAGGAGCCCUACGAGGAUAUGCAAUGCACAGACAUGAACCUCUACCAGCUUGUCCCGAACACGUACACCGCAGGUGUACGCGCACCCAAUUGGCCCUCCGUCUCUUACUGCAUUGGCUCUCGGCUGCACCGGGCAGCCCCAAACAUGGGAGUUUUGGACGAGUCACGGUUCUUUACGAACCCUAUGGUUACAGCUCUGCUUAAUAAGAAGGCGCUUGAAGAAGCAAUCAAUACAAUCAUCACGUCGGAGGGCGUGGAGAGUGUCUGA